GUUCUGUUGAAUUUGCGCACAUCACAGCCAUUCGAAGAGGUUCUAGAGGAUUUGGGUCAAGUUUUGAAAAUAAAUGGUGCUAAGAAAAUGUAUACAGGCACGGGACAAGAGGUACGCAGUUUUUCACAAUUACGCAAUGAAUUUGCGGACGUUGACACAUUUUAUCUUGCAACUGGUACUGCCUUAAUUGCCGGUUCGCCUAUAAGGCGUUCACGUUCACGCCCCUCAGUUGUUGCAGCAGCACCAAUUUUACCCACAGAAGAACUGCCUAAGGUUCCUUUGCGUGGCGCACGUCCACGCAGUAAAAGUCGUCCACGCAUUCUCUAUGCGCCUGAGAGUGAAAUUUUACGUGCGAACGGUGAAUAUAGCAUGUUGGAUAUUAUGAAAGAGGAGCCCACCAAAGUGACCAUACGUGGACUACGGCGUACUUUCUAUCCGCCCUUACAUCAUGCACCUGCGGAUAAUACACCUCCAGAUAAAAAAUUGCAACUGCAGUGGGUUCACGGCUAUCGCGGCAUUGAUGCACGCCGCAAUCUCUGGGUUUUACCAUCAGGUGAGCUGUUGUAUUAUGUAGCGGCUGUUGCGGUGCUGUUGGAUCGUGAAGAAGAUGCACAACGACACUAUACAGGGCACACCGAAGACAUUAUGUGCAUGGACGUGCAUCCUUCACGCGAGCUAGUUGCUUCGGGGCAGAAAGCUGGACGUGAUCGUAAAUCACAAGCGCAUGUACGCAUUUGGAGUACGGAAUCACUACAGACGCUCUAUGUGUUCGGCAUGGGUGAGCUGGAUAGUGGCGUUACGGCGGUAGCUUUUUCACAAUUGAACGGUGGCAGCUACAUUUUAGCAGUGGAUAGCGGACGUGAAAGCAUACUUUCUGUCUGGCAAUGGCAAUGGGGUCAUCUGCUUGGAAAAGUUGCUACGUUACAAGAAGGCCUCUCCGGUGCCGCUUUUCAUCCGCUGGACGAUAAUCUCAUCAUUACUCAUGGGCGUGGCCACCUGGCUUUCUGGCAUCGCCGCAAAGAUGGAUUUUUCGAACGCACCGAUAUUGUUAAGCAACCGUCUCGUUCGCAUGUGACCAGCGUGCAAUUUGAACCAGACGGCGAUGUCAUCACUGCCGAUUCCGAUGGCUUCAUCACUAUUUAUUCCGUCGAUUCGGAUGGUGCAUAUUUCGUGCGCACAGAAUUCGAGGCGCACAACAAAGGAAUUGGUUGUUUGAUUAUGCUAGGCGAAGGCACAUUGUUGUCUGGUGGAGAGAAGGAUCGUAAAAUUGCUGCCUGGGAUUCAUUACAAAAUUACAAGAAAAUUGCUGAAACAAAACUUCCAGAGGCCGCUGGCGGCGUACGCACCAUUUAUCCACAGCGUCCCGGACGCAAUGAUGGCAAUAUUUAUGUGGGCACUACACGUAAUAACAUUUUAGAGGGUUCACUACAGCGUCGUUUCACACAAGUUGUUUUUGGUCACGGUCGUCAAUUAUGGGGUUUGGCUGCUCAUCCCGAAGAUGAGGUGUUUGCCACUGCCGGUCAUGACAAACAUAUAGCGCUAUGGCGCAAGAACAAGUUGAUUUGGACUAUACAAACUGGUUAUGAAUGCGUUUCAUUAGCUUUUCAUCCAUUUGGCACUGCCCUGGCUGCUGGCAGCACUGAGGGUCACUUGCUUGUCAUCAAUUGUGAAAACGGUUCGGUUAUGUUGACGUUGCGUGUCUGCGGUUCACCGCUGAACUGUGUGGCCUACAAUCAAGUUGGCGACAUGAUAGCCAUGGGCUCUCAAAACGGCAGCAUCUACUUGUUUCGCGUGUCACGCGAUGGUUUCUCUUACAAAAAGGUGAACAAAAUACGUGGCUCACAGCCACUGACACAUCUGGACUGGAGCAUGGAUGGCAAUUUCGUGCAAACUGUUACCAUAGACUUUGAUCUACUCUUCUGGGAUGCUAAAUCACUAUCGCCCGAGCGUAGCCCCAUCGCCAUGAAAGAUGUCAAAUGGUUGACUAGCAACUGCACGGUUGGCUUUCUGGUUGCAGGCAUGUGGAGUAAUCGUUAUUACAACAAUAAUAACACAAUUAUUGCCACCUGCAGCCGUUCAUCAGCCCAAGAUAUGCUGGUAUCCGGCGACGCCGAUGGCUACUUGCGUGUUUUCAGAUAUCCCUGCAUCAGUCCACGCGCCGAAUUUCAUGAAGCGAAAGUCUAUUCCGGCAUGUUGGCAUGUGCGCGUUUUCUCUAUGGCGAUCAUACUGUGGUGACAGUGGGCGGCACAGAUGCCUCGCUGAUGGUGUGGGAUUUGGUUGAGGAAUAGCUGCAAUGGCCACCGUGGCGUACUACUGUCCAACAGUAUGAUGAAGCACGCGGCUACACCGACUAUUGGACGCGCCGGCGAUCGUCGAAUAAGUCAUCGACAAUAUUGGACAGCGACUCUAUUGAAUAUCAGUAAAUUGUUGUUUUUGAUAUCGGCGGUUUUCGCUGAGCAAAUCUGUGCAUCACAAAGAGAGUUAUAGAUUGAUGCUCGCCUGACGCCGCAAUUGUUGCUGUCAUUUACGUUAAUUCGCCCUUCCUGGUGUUGGUGUUUGAACGAAGUGCCUUUUUUGCUGUGGACGCAGCUCCUUCCGUCUUUACACGAAAAUUUGGCAUAUCAACUAAAUUAAAUACUUUUGUUAGAAGUUUAUUGAAAAUUAGUGAAAAUUGUAAACGAAAUUUACAUAUUACCGAAAUAUGAAAGAUAUCUAGCACAUAAAAUUGCUAAUUAGGUUAAAAGGAUUAUGAAACAUAGAAUGCCCGGAAAUAUUUGCCGUAUUGCCGCUUCCGUUAAGUUCAAGCGCCAUCUGUUUGUGAAAUACUUGGCUGUACUGUUGAUGAUAUGGAACUCGUUAGUGAUGUAAAAAAUAAUGCAAAGCUGCUGUUGUCAAAGUGAGCAAAAUUUUAUUGCAUCAAUAUGGGAACCUAGUGUUUAAUAUUUACAUUUCUACAAAAUUAAAUAGAUUUUAAAUUUGGGGAUUCCUUUAAACGCGCAAAGUGGAAAGCUCGUAAACCUCGGAUUUUCUUUAAGGCUGUUUAACAGUUCGAGCAUAGUUUCUUUGUCUAAUACUUCGUAUCAGCUGCAAUGAUCGGAUUUUUAAAAAAUUAUGUGUUGUAGAAUCUGAAAAAAAUGUGGUAGAUUUCAAAAAACGGUG